AUGGAUUACUCCUACUACGGCCCCCGAUCGCAGCCUUACCCUCUCUACGGGCUGCCGACCCCCGACCAGCCACCCCAGGCGCAACCCGAUGAGGCAUUUGCCCCUCUAAAUAACUACGAGCAAAACUUCGCUGGCUUUGACCCCUCGUUCCGCAUCGACCCCUCCUCAUCCUUUGUCCCGCCACCGCAUUCACCGCCAGAAUCGUUCUCCAAGCACUCAGUCUCAAGCAACGAGGCCGGCAACCAGCACACAGACCCCAUCUCCUUUGACGGCGAUGAGCACCAAUUCGCCGAUCCCUCAAUGGGAAGGAGCAGCAGCGAAGAAAACCAGUCGUUGCCCGCGCAAAGCAAGCGCAAGGCCCAGAACCGCGCUGCCCAACGAGCAUUCCGUGAAAGAAAAGAACGUCAUGUACGCGAUCUUGAAGACAAAGUGAACAACCUCGAACAAGCAUCCGACACAUUACAAGCCGAUAAUGAACGCCUGAAGCGCGAGCUGGCGAGAUAUACAACCGAAAAUGAAAUCCUGCGCGCUACAUCAAAUCAACCCAAUCGCGGCAACGGCAAUGGCAAUGCGAACGAACCUCCCGAGCCAACUGUCACUGGUCCGAUGAAAUACUUGCCGACAGACUUUUCUGGCGCAGUACAACAAGAUGGAAAGCCCGCGCCUCCAACUCCGCAACACCGUAUCCUCGUGUGCCCAGUUACCGGCGAGAACCUUCUGGAUUCGCGGGCUACCUGGGACUUCAUUCAGCAACAUGAUCUGUUUAAGAAGGGUCAGGUUGAUAUUGGUGAUGUUAGUGAGCGACUUAAGGGUAUGGCGCAGUGUAAUGGCGAAGGCCCUGCUUUUAAGGAGGGUGAGAUUCUUAGGGCCAUUGAGGAGAGUGCGGCUAUGGGGCGUGAUGAGUUGAUUUAG